AUGUAGUUUUUAUGUUAAAAUCUUUAACAUUCUUCAUUUUUAUAUAAUGCAAAACUAAUUCAAACAGCGGUGGCAAUAAUAUUUAAUAAUGAUGAAAUUGUAUUGAUUAAGCGUAAAGUGAAUGCAAGAGAUCCACAUUCAGGUUAGAUUGCAUUUCCAGGAGGUAAAGUGGAGAAAGAUGAAAAUACAUUAUAGGCAGCAAUAAGAGAAACUUAUGAAGAGAUAGGAGUAAGUUUAGAUGAGAGUCAUCAUUUAGGAAGAAUGGAUAGAAAUUAUUAAGCUUAUUAUAUAAAGAAUAAAAACUUAAAAAUAGCUGCCCAUAUUUUCUAGAUAGAUGGAUAAUUAUAAUGUCGAGCUAAUACAAAUGAAGUUGAUAGAAUAAUGAGAUUACCAUUGAAUUAGAUAAGUUUAUCAAAUAUGGACAUUAAGAAAUAUAAAAAUAAAUCAGUUCAUAUAUUUGCUCGUUCUGUUGAGAGAUAAUAAUAUUUAUCAGAUGUAGUGAUGAAAGGGUUUCUAUAUUAAUAAUUUCCUUAUUAUAAAUUAGAGAAACAAGUCUUUUAUGGAUUAAGUUGGCUGGUUUUAUGUGAUGUAUUACAGAAAUUAAAAAUGCAUUAAGAUGUUGUUGAUUACACUUUUCAAAAUUAUCAUUAUGGAUUUGAAAAUGAUACAAGAAAAGAAUAAUUUUUUGAUGAUUGGUUUAAAAAGAGCCGAUUAAAUUAGUUUAUGUAUAAUUGAG